GCCGACGGGGCCGGAUGCGAACGUUCUCUUUCUGGUUAUGUGUAUGACCCUUUUGAAAAGUCACUACGGAAGAUGAUUUUUUGGGGGUUAAAUUUGGAUACCUAGAUGAUGGAGAAAAUUGAAUUGCACUACCACAUUGGAAGAAGUUUUGUUCACCUGGUAACCGGAACCUUCUAAAUCCAGAAAGAGUCAACAAAGCAUCACUGUCUCCUAUCGGCAGCAUGGCGUGCUGUCGCCUGAACCCCCACUGGGGAUGGAUGGUUGUGCUAGCCUGCUUCUGCGUUCGAAUCUUUGUCUACGGGAUGACUACCACAUCUGGGAUUCUGUACAUUAUCUUCCUUGAGGAGUUCCACGAAAGCAAAGGAGCCACAGCGUUGAUUGGAUCUCUGAUUACAGCCAGCGGGUACUUCACAGGGGCGCUCGCAGGGAGUCUCGUCAACCGGUAUGGCCCGCGAAUUGUCGUCAUCAUAGCUGGCGCGAUAGCAAGCUCUGGGCUAGUGGCGUCCAUGUUUGCCAGCAGUGUUCUUCAUCUAAUUAUUUCCUAUGGCGUUGUUUCCGGCAUUGGCUUUGGUCUGUGCUACGUCCCCAUGAGCGUCGCAGUGGUUGAGUAUUUUGACACCCAUCGGAACGUGGCCAUGGCCUUCGCAACCUGCGGUGGUGGCAUGGGGCGUUUCGUCUUCCCCGUCUUUCUACGCUGGCUGAUCGACCUAUUCGGCUGGCGGGGCACCCUGCUCAUCUGCGGGGGCCUGUCCCUGAACAUAAUCGUAUUCGGCGCCCUGAUGCGCCCGUCUGAAGAAGAAAUUGUCAAAGAGGAAUGCUCUAGUAAAAUCAUCACUUCUAAGUCGGCAAAUACAAGCUUAGGAUGCUCGAGUAAACUUCUCGGUUCAAAGUCAACGAGUGCGGGUUUAGGAAGUGCGAAUUCCUCCCCACAACUUAAGAACAAAGGCUUCCUGCCAAAGGGAAUGCACCAAUUCACCCUGGCGAUGAGUGAUACUAGUAUUGCCAUGUCUCAGAACUUGUACUUCGCUUCUCAAUCUGAGCUGAGUGGUGAUAGUCUAUCCGGCGGACUGAAGAGGCCCAACAGCUCCACUUCGAACUCAAAAACAAUCAAGUGCAAGUUCUCUCAGAGAAAUCAGACAGUUUUCCAUUGGGAUAUUUUCAAGAAUCCCAAAUACUGUAUUUUGUGCCUGAACAACUUUUUGUACUUCAUCGGACUUUCUAUAGUCUAUGUGCACUUGUCCGCCUACGCGAAAAUCGCUGUUGGGAUUGAUGAGAAUCGGAGUGCACUGCUUUUUACUGUUGUCGGCGGGAUAAAUCUUUUGGGAAAGCUUUUCUUAGGCAGCAUGACCCAACAUCCCAAAAUUAAAGAGAUUGUGGUCUACAUCAUCUGCAUUGUGACAUUCGGUGUAGCAACUCUGCUGCUGCCCAUCGCACCAUCUUACCCUAUUCUAAUGGUGUACGCAUGCGUGUUUGGUGUAUGUGAUUCGACGCUAGGCGGCGCUAUACUUCCGGCUCUCCUAGUGCAUUAUGCUGGGAAGGAGAAGAUGUCGUCAUCAUAUGGCGCUGUGUUAGUGAUGGAAGGAGUUGGGCAUUUUAUUGGUGCACCAAUUGCAGGUUACCUGUUCGAAAAGACGCUGAUGUACUCCGCGUCUUUCUACCUAGGCGGCGCCACCAUACUCAUUUCCGGUCUGAUCAUGAUCAUACCCUGGAAGCUCAUGAAGCAAUGUGAUAACCCAGCUGAGGAUGUGGUAGACGAUGAAGACACUAUGGACGAGAUCGGCGACAUCAAGCGGCAACUGAAGGAAGAAAUCACGGAGGAUGUGGUGACUACAGUUUGAUACGACGGCACCGAGCCAUCAAGAGACGAAGCCUACCCAAAAGCGACACGACUUGUUCGGGCUUACCAGGCCUCCUCAAAGCGUUUCCUGAUGUGUGCGGUUCUGCAUAUGCUGGGAGUUUUCCGACCAAGUUUCGUCGGUCUAGGAAAGAGUGGACUCGAACCCCAUGGUCUUCUAAAUAGACUUACACACACUUACAAAAAAAAUAAGAUUAUGACAAAGAAAUCGAAGGGGUCGAUCGGUCAAAAAUGCCGUAUAGGACAGUGUAGCCUGUCAAGCAGCGGCCAAGACCAACCAACGAGCGCGUCUCCCCUGCAGCUGGUGCAAUACAAUGUAGGUCCUAUUAAAACAGAUAGAGGCCAGUCAGUGGCACCGUGGGAUGCGAGGGAACCAUAUCAUAUCGGCCCAAAAAAUGCCUCCUGGCGACUAUUUUUCUAAUUUGGGCGGUACCUCAUGAAAAAGCUACACGCCUGCAUGCUGCAUGCAUGUAUUGUCAUGCACCGAAGGCGUGUACCGAAGACAUCAUAACCACAGCUGGAACGGAACCCAUUUUCCGAACGACAAAAUGCACAAAUUUGCACAUGUAGGUUUAGCCCAUUAUUUUGCCUUGAUCGGCUAAUGUAUCAGUCUACAAUGUAUCGUUUUUCUUCUUGCUUGAUAAAAUGUCUAACGCUUGUAUAUAUAUCUUUCAACUGGACACUGAUACAAGGUUAUAACUGUUUUUGAUCAUAACUAAAUUGAGUGUUUUUGUGGACAAAAAGAUCGAAGUGUCUCUCAAAUCGGAUUCGUUGUUGCAGCUAAGAUGUUCAUCCAGGGCCGUCGUGCCUCUGUCUUCGGCUGCCUGAAAUCUAUAGACUCCCGGGGUUGUCCAUUUCGUCAUCCUAUUCAUAGGGACGGGCCGGUCCACUGCAUCCGGAGUGUAGAAAUCUACAAGGGUCACGCAUGCACCCUGUGACCCUCAGCCUUUGCGUAGUAUGUAUAUUUCGUUCGCUAGUCAUUGUAAAUGGGCUCGUGGCGCUUUUCUUGGUGUAGAUGCAUAACGUUUUGAAAUCUUCAAAUGUGACCUGGCCACCCAGGCUGGCUUAGGCCUAUACCUUUGCUCAUUUUAGGGUUGAGUUGUUCAUGUUAUUGUAACCGAUAGCCUACUCUUCGCAAAAAUGAAAUAAAAUUAUUUUACCUACG